ACUGUUUCGCUACAUAGAUAAUGGCGGAGGAGCCAAUCAGUCUCGAAGACCACUCGCCGAUAACUCCAGCAAUAGAUACCGACUCAGAGGAGAAGUCAAGCCCGACAGAGAACAUAGACAUCUUGUAUGAGAAUCAGCGCGGGGCCUUCUGUUGUGGAAUUCCUUUGUUCUCCGCAAAUUCACUACUUAAUUUCGAUCCUAAGCCCUGGGUAACCUCUACCUAUAAACCGUCACCUGUUAAUAUCACAAAUGCACAACUGCCAGACCCGAGCUGGGAAUGGACUUGGAAGUCAUGGUAUGUGGACAUGUCCCACGACGUGGAUGAGGAGGGCUGGGAGUACUCGUACUGGUUCAGAGGCUUCUCAUGGCACGGAAGCCACCCAUGGUUCCACUCGUUCGUCCGUAGGAGACGCUGGCUGCGCAAGAGGAAUAAGAAAAAGCAGCGUACUAGGAAGGAUCUAGAAGAUGCACAGCCUCUGCGCAAAGACGCAGCAAGUAUAGGUACUACGCUGGUACCUUCAAAUUUUGUCAUGAAUACGAGACAACCAUCGGUGGACGAGGGGCAAAGGGAGGAGAUCACGAACGUUCUCGCGUUAAUGGCUGCUCUAAAAAAGUCUCCAAUCGACAGAGAAAAGAUUGUAGUUGUGAAGCAAUUCUUGUCGCAAGGCGGCGAAGAGCUUCACUAUCUCGCUGAGAAUAUACCAGCUAUCAUGGCUCAACUUGUUUUCCAAGAUUCACGUCGCCAGCUACUUGCCACAUUGACAGCUGAGCUCGAUGCGGCGGGCGAACACCGUGAGGAACAUAAGAACCGUAAACAACCCGAGGAUGAGAUCGAAAGCCGCAGAAUCGACAAUCUUCUCAAAGCUGCCAAUACAGCGGACGAGCAAUGUCGGAAGCUGGAGUACUGGAGCGACAUUCGAGGGAUGGUGCGUGAGGGUGAAGCGAAGGGUGCGACAGAUGCUGCUCAUGGAUGGGAUGGCCAUGGCUGGCAAGGAGUUGACUCGAGCGGACCGCCUCCAGGACGUGAUGAGCAAUUGAGGGAGAAGGACUGAAGAAGAAGUCGUCUUCCAGUGACGAGCGCAAGAAUCAUUACGACGUUUGCAUUGUUCCAUACCCAGCAUGAUGGCGUUGGUAGUUCUGAAGGUUGUUGUUUAUAACACAGGUGUACAUACAAAGUUUACUUCACAAACCUAAGUGCAGUGCGAUUUAGCGUCAGUAUAGCCAAGGAUGAUUAUUCUACAGACAUGAGUAGGAUACGUAUCUACGUCUGGAGAUGACACUGGUCGUCUGCCAUCGCCUGAGAGAUACCGAGUCAAUCACCAAGAGAUAAGGGAGGAGAUACACCGAGUCAAGCCAUGAUGCUUCACGAGGAGCAGGACU